AUGCAGGAGGAAGGCCAAGUACGCGUCGAUAGCUUUGGUGACUCUGAGGGCCAUAUUGCAGAAAUGGAUAUGUUUGAAGGUUUGAACGUAGCAACUAGCGAGCAGCCUGAGGAUGUCACGACGCACCUCCAUCUCAACUUCAUUACAGUGCCACUCAUCUCCGUCUUGCUUCUGUUGGCGACGGGCGCGAUCGACGGGACAGUCGUGCGAGAUGGCAUCGUGGGCGCGAACGGGGUGCAGCCCUUGGAUAUCAUGGCACUGUUCAUCUCCCUGGCGUAUCUCAGCAUCUCACUCGACGCUACCGGGCUGCUGCGCUUCCUUGCGUUCUGGGUCGUACGUAAGGGCGGGGGCUCCGGCAGGAGGCUGUUCACUUAUCUGUAUGUGUUCUUCCUGGUGUGCGGAGUGAUAGUAGGGAAUGACCCAGUCAUCCUAUCUGGAACGGCCUUCCUCGCAUAUCUCACGCGUGUUUCAGGAGUGGCCAACCCGAAGGCGUGGCUAUUCUCGCAGUUCGCUGCUGCCAACAUGGCUUCCGUCGUCCUCGUGUCUUCCAACCCGACCAACCUCGUCCUCAGCGGCGCCUUCGCGCUCAAAUGGACGUCCUACAUCGCCCACGUCGUCCUUCCCUUCCUCGCCGCCGCGGCCACCGUAUACCCGCUGCUUCUCUACAUGUUCCGCGCUUCGGACCUCAUCCCCGACUCCCUGGACCUCGAUCUAGAUGAGGUGGGCGACAUGCGAGAGACGCUCGUCGACAAAGGAGGCGCUAUCUUCGGAAGCUGCUUGGUGUUCGUGACUCUUGGUGUGCUCGUCGGCACGAGCACGGUCGGCGUACCCGUCUGGGAGGUGACCGUCCCGCCGGCGUGCAUCAUGCUCGCUCGAGACGUCUGGUGGGACUGGUCCCGGCACCAAUCCUUGAAAAGCGCGAGUAGCCGCUCCACAGAGCAACGCCUCUCGCGAGACGCGCCUCCCCGCGUGCCAUCGACCCUAGCCGGUGUUGUACGGCAAACGUUCACGCGUAUAAAGAAUACGUUCCCUAUAGUCUCCUCUAUUGCGUCCCGCCUCCCGAUCCCGCUCCUCCCCUUCGCGUUUCUCACCUUCAUCCUCGUCAACGCGCUGUCUACGCAAGGCUGGGUGAGCCUCUUCGCAGGAUGGUGGGGCGCAUGGGUUCGCGCGACUGGCACAUUGGGCGCCGUGGGCGGGAUGGGCUUCCUCUCGUGCAUCUUCUGUAAUGUCUGCGGUACGAACAUUGGCGCAACGAUCCUCCUCGCCCGCCUCCUCCAGCUCUGGAUCGCCGCCGCCUCGCCAUCAGAGCGCGAACAGUACGGCGCCGUCUACGCGCUCGCGCUCGGCUCCAACUUUGGCGCGUUCACGCUGACGUUCAGCGCGUCGCUCGCGGGACUGCUGUGGAGGCGCAUCCUCAGGCAGAAGGGCAUACACGUACGCGCGCGGGAGUUCCUGAGGAUUAACCUCCCGAUCGCUGGGGUCGCGAUGACGGUGGGGUUGUAUGUGAUAUACAGUAAGUAG